CCCUUCCAGGGGCGCACUGACCGUUUGGGCACUUGGGCACUGCCCAAGGGCCCAGGGUCAGUAGGGGGCCCCAUGAGAUGCCCCUGGUGCCUUUCAUAGGCUUUUUUGGGUGUGGUUUGAGUGUGGGUGAGGAUGCAGGGGCCCCAUGAUCCCCUAUUGCCCGGGGGCCCCAUGAGAAGUCAGUCCGCCCCUGAUCUCCUCUCCACAAAAAUGUGUUGGUUUCAGUGCCUGAAAGUGCAAGGCUUUCCUGUGUGGAGUUUGCAUGUUCUCCCUGUGCCUGUGUGG